AUGGAGUCUCCUCUCGCGGAGGUGGCGUCACCUCCCGUGGAGGAGCCUCCUGGAGAGGAGCCUGGAGACGCCCACGGCGACGCCUGGUCGUGCCCAAUCUGCUUCAUGUGGUUCGAUAUGCCUGUCUCUCCUCCAUGCCAACACACUUUUUGCGCCGGAUGUUUGAAGUCCGUCGUGAGGGCAGCGGCACACCGACAACGUCGAAGUGGGAACACGGGACCUUCGGGACCUGCAUGUCCCCUGUGUAGGGAACCAUUCACCCCCGAAGUCGUUCAGCCCUCGGCUCGGAUCUUUGAAGAGAUGCUCAAGGCGACUGUCACGUGUCGGAAUGGCGACUGCGCAGCCCAAUUUUGCCCGCUACGUUGGAAGAAGCACCAGGAGGAGUGCCCCUCGGCGGUAGUGCAAUGCAUGCACCACCUGGUGGGGUGCGAGUGGAAAGGCGCCAGACGGGAUCUCUCAUUGCACGUGGAAGGAUGCGCGUACGAGAAGAUUAAAGGCUUGAUUCCUCGUGUUUCGGCCUCUCUGAAGCAGAUUCACGCACAGGUGCACCAACUAGAAGCCAGAGUUAUGGCACAAAACGCUGCCGUCGCGAACACUCGCGCUCUGCUGGCACAUCAACGACGAGCCGGAUCGGUAUUUCCGGCGGUUUAUGCGCUUCUUUGGCGCCCUCCCAACUGGCGAUUAUACCAAUCUCCUAGGCCGGGCGGUGGUGUCUUGUCCAACGUGACGCUCAUCUGCCUCGCGCCCAUCCUUUUCUUAGCUCUGUGUGGAGCUGGGGUGUUCGGUGGAGGCGGUGGGCUGGUGGUGGAGGAACGUGCUGUAUGUUUGGUAGGGGUGGCUAUUUUGGGCUUUGUGGCACUUCUGGAGCACGACAAUGAGUCUCCAUAUCACGAGUUGCAAACUCCUUCACUGCUCAAGGGCCUGGCAAUCGGCGAGUUUUUGCUAGAGGGCACUGCGCGGUCAAUGGUUUACUUCGCCCUGAAAGGACUGCCUGACUGGAAAAGGACGGCCGCCCUCCUGUUCCUGCUGGCCCCGCUCUUUUACCCAACCGUUGUUCAGGCUGUCCACCGCUUCGAGGUGCAAGUCAAGAACGCCCACAACCAGGCACAACGCGCACGAGCCCAACCUCCCUUGCCGCCGGUUGAGCCAGUAGCUGUUAAGACUCACGACACGGUGGUGAACGGAGUUGUUCGGGGAACAACCAUGCUUUUGAUGAACCCGGUGCCCGCACUUGUGGGCGAGGUCUUGGCCAAACUUGGUGUCUUUGUCGUUUCCGCUGCGCUGGGGCCAGAGAAGCUGGAUGCCUUUUUGGAGCACGUGUGGUUGGUCAUGAGCGCUGGUAUUGCUCUGGACGACAAAGCACGCCUCAAGAAGCGGCACGAUUCCAUCUUUCGGGAUCUGAGAACGCCACUACCGAACAUGACGGACCGCACAACAAGGCGGCUCAUCGCUGCGGUCUGCGUGUGCCUGUUCGCCACAAUCGUGACCUUUUUCAGAGAUAUCUUGCAAAUGGUGGGCUACAGCCGGCUCCUUCUCUCGGUCCUGGACAGCGCUCAUUUCAGAUGGGAGCUUCACAUAGGUCGAGUAGUGAUGGGAUCACUCCAACAAACGAGAACGAACCAGGACCCCAACUUCGCCAGGACCCGUGCACGUGACCUACUCCGUUCACGCCUGUUGCUGCUGUGGGUUGUUGUGGGGUCGUCAUUUUUUCUACUUUUUAUGCUGACUUCGUGAGUCCUGUGUCCUUUGCAGCUUAGACUCGGUUUGUUUUAUCUACUAAGUUGCUUCGUGUGUCGAUAGGAUGGACGUUGGUCGGCGUGAAAUGUUGUGGAUUCGAAACACACGACAUCUGUUUGCUGUAGUUGUCGCGGGAAAGCACGCACAAGACGCACAUGCUCUUCUUCAGCACUUGCUGUAGGUGUGUCAGGGAUGCUGCUAGAGUAUAGUUUAGUAUCUCCUGUGUACGUUGUGACAAUGUUGUUGAAAGGGGACUCACAGCUGUGACGAUCGGUGCGUAGGUCAAACAUGCGAAGAUUUUCGAUUUUCCA